AUGUCGAAAGAAAACGUACCUGGUACCUUCCCGUUGAGCUCCCCUGACCCUACGGGUAAAACGAGCGUCGACACAGGCACACUCGACCUGGGUGUCGACAGUGCAUGGACUCGCGGUAACGAGGUCACCGCUGGAGUUGAGCGAUCGCUCAGUCAGAGGGCCGAACCCCCGACUAGCGAUCAGUUAUCUUCAGACUCGUGGUUGGGUGCUCUGGGAGCCCCUUCCAAGUUGAGUCUAUCAGCCCCCGGCAUCUCUGAUGAUGGUGAGGGUUCUGCUCCUAUGAGUAUUAGCCCUAUCCUUGGGAGUGUAGUUGGACUACAUACCUCGCGCAUAGUGGUUGGCGAGAUCAAUAAAAUUGACGCCACGUCGACUGACGAAGAAAUUAAUACCAUGCCAUCAGCGCAUAUGAGCUGGUUUGACUUACCUGACGACGACGAACUCGGCGAGGUCCCCGAGUUCCCAGUAUUGUAUCCAUCAGUCCGUGCCCUUGAGUCCACGCCUCAAAUCAUCGAGGAGUUACUUGUAACGUCUGAUAAGCUUGAACGAAAGUUAGGAAACGAGAAGACUCACCGGGACGAAAGGACUGAGCAGUGGGCCACCGAAGCAACUCGUCAAAGAGUCCCAAAGGAGACCCGUGGCCUAGGCAACGUACCGAUCGAAGAGCAACUCCUUGUGGAUAGCCUAAAGGAUAAAAUCAGGCAAUUAGAGAACCUUGUUCUCGAAAGCAGGUUACGAGAAGAAAGAUCUCACCGGCAGAUAUUAGAGACUUGCUGA